AUGUGGCGUCACGCCGGCAGAAGUCGGGAUUCUGACCCAGACGAUGUCCUCGCCGCCCCCCCCGCCACGGGGGCGGCCAUGUUGGAUCCAGUCAGACAGCAGCAGCAGAGCAGCCAGAAGCCUGAAGGACUAAAGCCAGCCGAGCAUCGCCGCCUUUCUGGGACCGGACUGAAGGACACGUCUGGGAGGAGUGGACCAAAGGCCGGCUGCCAUUCUCCAGAGCCGGUGGGACUCUGGGCGCCGGACGCCGCCGUUGCCAUGGCCGCGGACGCCUCCUCCAGCUGCUCCUCGCUGCUGCUGCUGCUGCUGCUGCUCUCGCUGUGGAGCCACCAGGCCGAGGCCGCCGUCCACUCCAGCUUCCGGCGGCUCAGCGGCCGCGAGAAGAAGGAGAUGCAGAAGGAGAUCCUGAGCAUCCUGGGCCUGCCGGGCCGGCCCCGCCCACACCCGCCGCUGCGCCCGCCCUCCUCGGCGCCGCUCUUCAUGCUGGACCUGUACCACGCCAUGGCGGCCGACGGCGAGGACGAGGGCAACGAGAUCGUGCUGAGCGGCGUGGGCGGCGUGGCGAGGCUCGGGGGGCCGGUCCAGGUCCACCACGCCGCCCUGCCCACCCUCAGCACGCACACGCCGCCGCUGGGGACGGUGGUCAGCGAGGCCGACAGGGUGAUGAGCUUCGUCAACCUGGGCAGGGCUGCAAUUAGUGGUGUGUGUGCUGAGCAGCUGCUGCGGCUCAGAGCACCGAGCGCCUCUAAUUACCGCGCCGUGCACGCCCAGCCGGCCGGCCCGGGGAGCCUGCGCUCGCCCUCUGCCCACAUGUGUCCAACGGGGAACCAGAAGCCGACAUCGGAGGAGAUCCUGCUGAUGGCGGAGCAGCUCAACAUGGAAAAGGAGGUGAUCCGUGUCUGGUUCUGCAACCGCAGGCAGAAGGAGAAGCGCAUCAACCCGUCCAGCAGCAGCACGCCGCCGCUGCCCAGCCACACGCCGCCCGCCGCGCCGCACAAAGCCGCCUGCUACAGCCCGCACAUGGUAGCCCCCCCGCCCCCCCCCCCGCCCCUCUGUGUAACCCCCCCCCCACAUACGUUUGCCUGA